AUGUCCGCCCGUAGUGACAAAUUCUGUAACACUUCAGUCCUUCCGAUUUGCCCCUGUUUCCACGCAAUAUUUAGCGAUCUUCGUCUGGCGAAAUCUAUUCCUAGCCUCCCAGCCCGUAAGAGCAUCCCUACUUAUCGAAGCACUCUUCUUCCGAGUCCCUUGGGCAGCCGAAAUAUUAGUAAAAGUUCAAUUCAGUUCCAUUGCAAGAGACAUUCGCUUGUCUAUCUUUUCUUUUGCUACAAGCGGUUAAUAUCUAUCUAUCUAUCUAUCUAUCUAUCUAUCUAUCUAUCUAUCUAUCUAUCUAUAUAUGUCAGUCUGCUCAUGAAUAUCUAUCUAUCUAUCUAUCUAUCUAUCUAUCUUAGCCUUCUGCUCAUAUCUAUCUAUCUAUCUAUCUAUCUUAGUCUGUUUAUGACUAUCUAUCUAUCUAUCUAUCUAUCUAUCUAUCUUAGUCUGUUCAUGCCUAUUUUAGUCUGUUCAUGCCUAUCUAUCUAUCUAUCUAUCUAUCUAUCUAUGUCAUCUGUUCAUGCCUAUCUAUCUAUCUAUCUAUCUAUCUAUCUAUCUAUCUAUCUCAGUCUGUUCAUGACUAUUUAUCUAUCUCAGUUUGUUCAUGACUAUCUCUCUAUCUAUCUAUCUAUCUAUCUUAGCCUUCUGUUCAUGCCUAUCUAUAUAUCUAUCUAUCUAUCUCAGAUUGUUCAUGACUCUCUAUCUAUCCCUCUCUCUCUCUAUCUAUCUCUGUUCAUGACUAUUUAUCUAUCUAUCCAUCUAUCUUAUCUGUUUAUGACUAUCUAUCUAUCUAUCUAUCUAUCUAUCUAUCUAUCUAUCUAUCUAUCUAUCUAUUUAUCUCAGUCUGUUCAUGGCUAUCUAUCUAUCUAUCUAUCUUAUUUAGUCUGUUCAUGCCUAUCUAUCUAUCUAUCUAUCUAUCUAUCUAUCUAUCUAUCUAUCUAUCUAUCUAUCUAUCUUAGUCUGUUCAUGCCUAUCUAUCUGUCUAUCUAUCUAUCUAUCUAUCUAUCUAUCUUAGUCUGUUCAUGA